AUGUAAUUGAUUGCCAUCUCUUUCUCAUUGCUGUAGAUAUAUAUUUACAGAUACACAAACUAGUUGCAAAACGUCUUCAGCCUGAUAACAUUAAAAGGAGGACAAUGAAAAUGUUCUUCAGCUGUGCUCUACUGUGUGCUUUCCUUGUGGCCUAUAGCAAUGCCUCAUGUAGUAUAACACAACCAAAACUGGACUUGAACCUAAGAUUACCUAAAGUUUGCAAAGAAGAGGAUGGAACAGUUCAUAAUUUUGGUGACAAAUGGACCAAAGACUGCUUCAAAUGUGAAUGCGAAAAGCCUGGAGGAAUCACAUGCUGCACAAGCUAUUUAGAACCACGUGGUUAUGACACACAGUUGUGUGAAAAGGUGUUUGAUAAGCAGUCCUGUACUUACAUUGUGAGGAAGAAGAACAAUCCAGCUGAAACCUGUACAUUUACAUCCAGCAGUGGUUAAACUCGUGUGCUCAUCUCCUAAGGGAAAGCUUUUCUUGCUGAUUUUGGGAUAUUGAGAGCUUUUGGCUAUCCACGAGACACUGGGAAUUGUGAUUUAUCAACAGCUGCAGAGGCUUUUGUUGGCUGGAGUUGUUCUGUACGUCUGAACAUUGUACAAAAUAAAAAAAAUAACUGAUAAAUGUG